UGCCUGGGCCGGAAGUUGGCCUCCUUUCCUUCCCUUGCUAUGGAAGUGGCUGCCGAGGGAGCCCAGGAGCUGAGGGCAGUCCGGCUCUUCCUCUCCCCCUCCGCGGGGCGGCAGAGAAUACUGUAAGGAAUUUCACAUAUGCUGGUACUGUUUUAUUUGGAAUUCUUUUUAAAGCUUUUUUGGAACUUGAAAAACACUCUGUGAAACGCCUCAGGUUUAUAAGGUGAUGGGCUCAGAGAAUAGUGCUUUAAAGCAUGACGCACUGGAACAGCCUCCAUUUACGUUACCCUCUGGAGUCCGUAUUUACCCAGCGGUACUGCAGCAUGGCAAACUUGCUUCGGUCUUUGUGUAUAAGAGAGAGAAUGAAGACAACGUUAACAAAGCUGCCAAGCACUUGAAAACUUUACGCCACCCUUGCCUCCUGCGCUUCCUUUCUUGUACUGUGGAAAUAGAUGGAAUCCACCUGGUUACUGAGCGUGUGCAACCACUGGAGAAGGUCUUGGCAACCCUGUCUCCUUUUGAGAUAUGUGCUGGAAUCUAUGAUAUUCUACAGGCUAUUGUGUUUCUCCAUGACAGGGGAAACCUAACACACAACAAUAUCUGCCUGUCCUCUGUGUUUGUGAGCGAGGAUGGACGCUGGAAACUAGGAGGCAUGGAAACCGUCUGCAAUCAGAAUGAAGCUACACCAGAGUUUCUGCAUAGUAUGAAGUCAAUACGAGACAAGACAGGCAUUCCACCUGAAGAACAGUCUGCAGAUUUCCAACCUCUUCCUGAGGGACAGGGUCAUUCUCGAGAUGCUUACUCAUUUGGAAUAAUGGUUGAAAACUUGCUGACUUUUUUAAAGGAAGAAGUUUCAGAGGAUGUUCUUUCCAGCUUUCAGCACACCUUACACUCUGCUCUGCUAAACCCAGAUCCUGUGUGCCGCCACUCAUUGUCCAGGCUGCUAUCUCAUGAAUUCUUUAGGAACGAUUUCCUGGAAAUUGUGAGCUUUCUGAACAGUUUAACACUGAAAACUGAGGAGGAGAAAACAGAAUUUUUCAAAUUCCUGCUGGACAGAGUGACUGGUUUACCUGAGGAGCUGAUUGCCUUGCGGUUGGUGCCUCUCUUGCUCAAUCAGCUUGUGUUUGCUGAGCCAGUAGCCGUCAAGAGUUUCCUUCCUCAUCUUCUGGGUCCAAGGAGAGAUAAAGUAGAUGAAAACCAAGUCAACGGCCUGCUGUCUCCAGCUGUGUUCCAGGCACAUGUCAGCCCUGUGCUGCUAAAACUAUUUGAGGUGCAUGAAGAGCAUGUUCGGAUGGUGUUGCUGUCUCAUCUAGACUCCUAUGCAGAACUCUUCACUCAGAAAGAGCUGAAAAAUGUAAUAUUGCCACAGGUUUUGUUGGGGCUGCGAGAUACAAGUGACUCGCUGGUAGCAGCAACACUGCAAAGUUUAGGAGUGUUGGUCUCUGUGCUUGGACCUGAUGUUGUUGUGGGAGGUGACAGAACAAAAAUCUUCAAAUGUACAGCACCAAGUUUCACCAAAACAAUGGACCUUUCCUCCGAAGAUUGUUCCACUCAUGCAAUGAGCUGCCAGAGAAGGCUGAUCUAUCAGCCCCUGCAGAGUAACUCAAGUGUGCUCCUCAAGUGCCCCCACGCUGGAAAUCUUUCAUUCAGCAACAGGAAUCAUGUGCCAAGGCAAGAUUCUCACAUUGCCAUAAAUAAAGGGGAAGAAGACCCUUUGUAUUUGCACAGCAUUACUGGUGAGACAAGUAUACUGCAGAAUGGUGGAAACUGUCAGCAUACAGCUGAGAGGACAGCAGAAGAGUGGCCAGACUGGAGUGAGUGUGAAGAGUUAGAGACUGAGAAAAAUGCAAUUACAGAUACCAAAAAGAAGGAACUUUGUGUCAACAGCAGCCCCUGUCUUGCCAGCCCUGAUGCAGAUGUGAAAUACUGGGGUGAUACAGCUCAUAGCCCUCACUUAAAACUUUCCUCAGGAAACAGCCCCAGUACGAUAGGGUUAAAUGACAUCACAGAGCUACAGCUGCCUCCAAAUAUGUUUGAACUCAAGAAAGAAUUUAAAACUCUCAAAUUUGAUCCCUCACAUGGGCCUGGGAGCAACAACAAUAUAUAUGACUACAGUGACCAACCGGACAAAAUCUCUUAUCUGUCCAAGACAUCCUUUCUAGAGAGGUCAUCCAAGACAGAAUGUGGAUUAGGGGAGGAAUUUAUGAUCCACGUGAAAAAGAAGGAGUCGCAUGAUACAGAGCUGGACUGGUUUGCAGACAUGGUUCCAGACAUCAAGCCACCUUCAUCAACUCUCUUGAUUCUUCCAGACCUGGGACCCUAUCCUGUCAUCCAGAGCAACCUAAACCCUGAUUCCAGUAGAGUGUGUGAUAUUCAGAGGGUGCAGUUUUCUUCCAAAUUUGCAGCUGCUGAAAUUACAGAGGUGGAUGGUGUUGGCUGGGAAGACGAGGAGGAGCUGAACUGGGAAGAUAAUGCCAACUGGUGACAACUAAGGUUUUGUGCCACGUUGGAAUUAGGUAGCUCUUUACACAAUGCUGUGAGCAAUUUUGUAUUCCAUUCCACAGGGCACCUAGAACUCAGUUUCUUCACAGCCACUACAAACAUUUGUGACCUGCAAAUGUAGGACAUACAUACAGUUAGGGCUUCCUGCUUUGGGUGAUGUGAAGUCCUAGGAAAGAGGGAGAGAGCUGUUAAAAUACGUUGUUUUAUUUUUCCAUAACAAAUAUUGUUUGUGGAAAACUCUAGAGAAAAUAAAAAGAUAAUACUAUA